AUGAAAUUGGCUCUUCGAGGCAAAGGCAAAUUAGGUUUUGUGGAUGAAACUUGUGUCAAAAGCAUGUAUAGAGGAGAAUUAGCAGAACAGUGGGAGAAGUGUAACACUAUUGUUCUGUCAUGGAUAGGAAGCACAAUCACGACUGAAUUGAUGGCAAGUAUCGUGUAUGUGUCUAAUGCUAAGAAGGUAUGGAGUGAGUUUGAGGAGUAUUUUGAUAGAUCAAAUUUGACUAGGAUAUUUCAUUUGUGGACUGAAAUUGCUACUUUAAGACAAGGUACUGAUUCUGUCACUUCAUAUUACUCUAAGAUGAAGGAUUUUUGGGAUGAAUUAGAUGUUUUAGCUCCCCUGCCUUCUUGUGAUUGUGAGGAGUCUUUACCUUAUGUUGUGCAUUUAAGAUCACAGAGGUUGCUGCAGUUCCUUAUGGGACUUAAUGAGUCCUACAGUAAUCUAAGAAGUAAUCUGCUAGCAAGGAGACCUAUAGUAUCAGUAAAUGAAGCUUAUGCAACAGUAUCUCAGGAGGAAAGCCAAAGAUCCCUAGGUGUGGUAGAAAUGAACAAGGAUCCACUAACAAUGUUAGCAGGAAGGACACACCAAGGUUUUAAGCCUAAGAAGCCUAGUGUAAUCUGUGAGCAUUGUGGAUACAAAGGACACUUAAAGGAAAAUUGUUAUAAAAUUAUUGGUUACCCAUGGGAUUUUAAGAGCAAGAAGAAGAGCACACAAUCUGGUGGAUUCAGACCUUUUGCCAAUUCUACAGUAGCAGGAGAAAAUGUGAAUUCAUCAGAGGGACAAGGUCAUUUCUUUAUUGAACAACAAUACAAACAGAUUCUGAAUAUGCUGAAUAAGCCAACAUCAAGUGACAGUGCAGAUAACAUAACAGGUAACAUGGCAGGUAUGACCUCACUGUUAUCCAAUAAUUUUGCUUGUAAAUGGAUAAUAGAUACAUGGGCAUCACAUCAUAUCACACUAUAUAAGGAGUUACUAACUACUUUUAGAACAUUGAGAGAUCAAAAUAGUAGUAGAGUUCAAGUACCUACUGGUGGUAGAGCAGAGAUCACAAGUAUAGGAGAUGCAGUGAUUUUAGGAAGCUAUAAGCUUGAGAAUGUUCUGCAUGUCCCAGAUUUCAAGUUUAAUCUUCUUUCAGUGUCCAAGAUAACCAAACAACUUUCUUGUGUGGCUUUGUUUUUCCCUGAUUUUUGUGUGUUCCAGGGUCUCUUCAAUGGGAAGGUUCUUGGGAUUGGUAAGGAAAAGGAAGGAUUGUAUAUACUACAAGAAACAAUAAAACUUGCAGUAGGAGCAACAGUUCAUAAUGAGGACUAUGGUAGAAAGCUAUGGCAUUGGAGACUGGGGCAUCCUUUUAUUGGAGCAAUGCAACACAUUGCAGAUGUCAAGAAUAAAGUAGAUGUUGAACUAUUAGAAUGUUGUGAAAUUUAUCCCUUGGCAAAACAGAGCAGGCUAAAGUUUCCUACUAGCAAUAGUAGAUCAAGUAGUCUUUUUCAGUUGAUGCACCUAGAUGUAUGGGGUCCAUAUAGAAAACCUACGUAUGAUAAAAUGCACUACUUUGUUACCAUAGUGGAUGAUUACAACAGAUUGUCAUCAACAGUGCUGCAAGAAAAAACACCAUUUGAGUUACUGCAUGGUAAGCUACCUCAACUAUCUCUUCUAAAAGUGUUUGGCUGCCUUUGCUAUGCGAGAAGAUUGCCUAGAGGUGACAAAUUCACAUCAAGAGCUAGGAAGACUGUAUUUGUGGGAUAUUCAGAAACACAGAAAGGUUACAAGUUGUAUGAUCUUGAAGAUCAUAAAUUUUUUGUUAGCAGGGAUGUUCAGUUCAAGGAAUCACUAUUUCCUUUUAAAACUGAAACUCAAGAGGAACUAGGUGACAUUUUUCUAUUUAAAGAGACAAUAAAUACAGGUAUAAGCCAGACACAUGCAGGAGAUUCUCAUGCUCAACAUCCUACAAGUGCAGAACUAAUACCUGAACUAGGAGAAGAAAUGCUAGGAGUGAAAAGUUCAUCCAUUGAUUCACCUAAUCUCCUUGAUGCACCACCUGACAUAGAAGAUGCAGUGGAUCAACCACAGAUACAUGAAGCCCCUACAGCUGCAGUAUCUGAUCAAGCUGAGACACAACCAGUUGAGUUGACAACAGAAGCAGAUCAACACCAUGAGCAACAUGAUUCUGUUCAAGCACACACACAAGGGAGACCAAGCAGAACAAUCAGGCCUCCAAUUUGGCUUAAUGACUACAUCACUACUGUCAAGCCAAAGACACAUUGCUUCUAUCCUAUAUCCCAAUAUAUGACCUACACUCAUCUCACACCCACCUACCAAGCCUACUUGGGUUCUUUCUCUGUGCCAACAGAACCUAGAUCGUUCAAGGAGGCUUCUAAAGAUCACAAUUAG